AUGUCUAAUCACGGAAACACUACAGGAGUCAAUGAAGGACCCUCAUCCUUCGAGUCAGCCAGCACUGGAAGUUCUGUUGCCCACUCAACAUCUGAGACCCACUCAAAGAACAACGCCAGCUCUUAUGAGACAUUCGCCGAUCUCCCAGUUCAUCGUCAAAUUGAUCUCGCUGACCGUUCUGGAUUUACCGUUAGACAAUUAACCAUUGCCAACGUGCCAGUUUGUUCUGAAGGAUGUGAAGCUGAAUUAAAAGUCUUAGCAGACUUGACAACUUACAUUAGAAACUCAAACUUCAAAGCUAACGUCUUCUUAUCAAACAUUGACAUACUUCGAAGCAAGAUAUUUAAAGAGAAUGAAAAUAUUACUGAAACUCAUGUUAUCUCACAACAUUUUUCUUUUGGAGAUUUGAAGUUUGUACCGCUACACUUACAAAAGGACAGCGACAGUUGUGGCAUUCAAAUGGCCUUGAAUGCUCAACGCAUAUGCUCAGCUUAUCUAUCAUCAUCUGGUGUAUUAAAUUGGCUAAAAUCUGAACCUUCAGUACAACAGCUUUAUGGUCAAGAUUUACGUGUUUUUCGUCGUGAGCUUGUCUAUGAGAUAAAUAUGGAAGACUUUCCUGUUAAUCCGUCUGGGAGAAGAAGAAGAAGGAGAACAUCCAAUCUUGACUAUUCUGAGAAUUUGACUUUAUCUAAUGAGUUUACUCAAGAUUUUUUAAAUACAUAUAACGAAGCUAUUGCAGCUCUUUUUGUUGAAAGAAAUGUUCUUUUAUUUUAUGAUCAACUGAACCAUCAAAAAAUAGGAACAAGGAAAAGAGAUAUUUAUGACAAUCUGGAAGAAUUGCCUGAUAAUUUUGAAUGCUUUUAUUGGGCCGAUCGAUUCAAAUUUCAAACGUUAUUAGUUAACUUUGAUUUUUUUUUCAUGCUUUUUCCUAAUCUUUCAAAACGUUUUCAGCAGGGAAAACGUGACGAAUUAUCCAUGUGGAGAAAAAUUGUGGUAAAACAUCUUCAUAUUCCUUCUUACUUAUGGACUUACAAAUUUGUUCAAAAUCCCAAUAAACAGUCUUACCUUGCAAUGUAUGAUCAUUGUUUCAGCUUAAUGUCAGAUAAACUUUUUUCACAAUUUUUAGGAAAAGUUGAUGGCGUACAAAACUAUGAUCCUAUGUUGAUUAAAGAACUACUGAUUUCUCUUCCUAGAGGAUUUUCUGACAGAAGAAUUUCCAAUGAAGAACUACGUUAUCAACGUCAGCUUAAAAUCGAAAACGAAGAUUGUUUAGUAACAAGGCGUGGAGUGACUGAAGACAAUGUAAUGCGAAAAAUAACUAAGGGAAAGCCAGAUACUUUAAUUAUUAAACCAGAAGAGAUUUUACCAGAGCUAAAAAAAAUUACUUUACUAGGAAUGAAGAAAGAUGCCACAGAUACAUGGAAUAACCGUAUUUCUUCAGAUUUCAACAAAAAGUAUUAUUAUAUUUCUAAAGAGCUUGUACGUUAUAUCUUUUUGAACAGAAGUAACCAUAAAUAG